AAAAAAUACAUAAUCUCAAAAAUACAAAUUAGAUUCUAUCUGGACAUAUUUAAUAACCUGUGAAGUACAUUUGCAUUUCUGUUAGAGAUUAGAAAUAUUCACCUAAAUAAUUAUUUUGAAAAAGUCACUUCAUGAAAAAGUACAAUUCACGAAAACAGUGAGUUUAUAAUCCAGGUGUUUAUUGUAUGUAACACAACAAUACUUCAUGCAUUUACUUCCAAAUAAAUGUUGACAUUUUUUAUUUAAUUUCCGCCUCCAACCAGUAGAUGGCGCCAACGUUACAAGACGCCUCAGCCUCCAUUUGUUUGGACACCAUGGAGAUAAGCAACGUGCUUUAUAGUUUACAAUUGAAAUGAGCUGUGGCUCUAGCCGAGAUGCAGUCAAUUCGAAAAAACAGGGGGGCGGGGGGUUGGGGCACAAACUAAAAUUAUUCCCGGUUAAAUCUGUAUGAGCAAAGGUACACGAAGCUAAAGAUUCACUAAUGCAGGUGGAGCUCUGUUAACGACGAAUGGCAAAUAGCCGCUGGUGCGUGUAUGCGUGUGUCAACACGCCUUUAACAGCUCCCCACAGAAACACACCUAGUCAGAACCAAAUUGUGAGGAUAAAAGAGAAGAAACUGCCAUAUGUUCUCCUCCAAGGCUAAACGAAGAUGGCACUGCUGGUUGUUUCUUCUCUUCUGUGUCUGUCCUGUUGGGUCUCUUUCUACUUCUUCUUGUGUCACGUCAACGGAUCCAGGAGCUAUGAGUGGAACUGUCGCCUCGUCACACUGGUACAUGGUAUCCUGGCCGUCUGCAUCACGGCCUAUAUCGGCUACGUGGACGGACCGUGGCCUUUCAGUUACCCAGGUACUAAGAACACACCUCUGCAGAUCAGCGCCCUGGUGGUGAGCCUCGGCUACUUUAUCUUCGACAUGGCCUGGUGUGUGUACUUCCGCACAGAGGGUCCAGUUAUGCUGGCCCACCACACCAUGAGCAUCCUUGGAAUCCUGCUGACCCUGUGGUUGGGGGAGUCUGGCAUUGAGUCGUGCGCGGUGCUGUUUGGCAGCGAGAUCACCAACCCACUCCUACAGGCACGCUGGUUCCUCAAACAGACAGGACAUUACAGGUCACGGCUGGGGGACGCUGUGGACGUCUCGUUUGUGCUGCUGUUUGUGGUGAUGCGUAUCUUUGUGGGAGGCACAAUGCUGUACUGUGAGCUGAUCUCUCCCAGACCCAGAUUCUUCAUCAAGUGUGGGGGCGUGGCCAUGUACGUUCUAUCCUGGGUGUUCAUGGCAGACAUUGUCCGCUUCGCUCGGCGGAAAAGCAAGAAUUGGAACAAACACACGAGGCCACAACCAGAGCCUGUGGCAGUGAACGGUCAUGAAGACAAGACCAAGUGAUUUCUGACAUAGAAAUGUCUUUACAACAUGCACCGGACCAAGAAAAAAAUAAUUUUUUAUUUUAAGAAUUAAUUUUUAAAAAUGGACAUUUUUACAUUUCACUCAGCAACGCUGCUAAAUGGAUGAUAGACUGAAUAGGACACAGAGAGCACAGACCUCCAGCAACACAACAGUCCAUGUGUUGCUUUUGCAUUGUCAUUGACAGUAAAAAUGUUCUUUUUCCUGUUCAGCAAUCCAAUUUAAAUGGAUAAUUUAUAUUAUUUAGGAUUUGGUUAACAGAUUUACUAAAAGUGUGAAUGGUUGUUUGUUUGUAUCUGGACCCUUGAUGGACUGAGAUAGAGUUCAGUGUGCAAGCCCUGCCUUUGCCUGAUAAUUGUUGGCUCCUGCUCUCCCCACCACCAUGAAGAAGGAUUUAGUGGUUAUCGCAAAAAUAUGUGUCAAAUGUUCUCAGGGAGAUAUGGUCAAGACCUACAUUGUCAGUUCUAGUGAAAUGUGGGUGUUGUGUUCCCUUCCCUCUCUUCUUCCUUUUUAUAUAAGAGAAAAGUAUAUAUAUAAUUUUAUCCUAUAUUCUCCUAUACUUUUUUCAUUUCUCUUAUUUUUUUCUUUUCUCUUAUAAAAGAAAACCUGAACAGAUUUUCAUCUUGGUGACAUGACUGGGUUCUUAUUUUUAUUAUGGUGUAGCUCAUUUUUGACUGUGGGUGAUUUAUAGCAUUUAAUGUUGUGAUUGUUUUCGUAAUUCCAUCCUCCAGUACAAAGGUUUACACACACAGCAUGCAGUCACUAAAAACCAUCACGCAGUCUUCGGUCAUAGCACAGGGGUGUGCUACUCACAACUCAUGAAAAGCUCUAUGCCUGUUGCCAUUUACAUUUAUGCAUUUAGCCGACAUGAGGAGUAUUAAAGUAUAUGGCUUCACUCGGGUUCGAACGCCACAUUUCGCUGUCAUUUCUACUGCACCAUACUUCUUUAACUUGGUAUCAGUGUAGUAA